AUGACUCACCAUUUCUGCCAGCGGACUUCAUUGCAUGACGGCCACAGGCUUCCCCCUGAGGACAAGAUGUUCCCGGCGUGGCUGGGAUUUGUUCCUGUGCUUCUCUGUGCCUCUUUGGAGGCGGAAACCAAUGCAGGCAGGUUCCCAUUCCGGAUGGACUCUGUGAUCAGGAUUCUGGGGGACAUGGAGUCCCACCUUGAGGGGACCCCGGAUUCGCCUGUGGCAGAGCUCUUCCGAGGACUAGACUGCGAGAGCGACUUUUGCCAGCUCUCUCCUGUUCCAGUGACUUUUGCGUCUUUAAAUCUGCCUUACCUGAGUGAGAAACAAAUCUCUUUCCUCAAACACUUGCAGAAUCACAAAACGGAUGGCUCCUGGACGGAAUACGGGGCAGUAUUGACUCCCGAUGGGACCACCGUGUCGCUGAGCCCUCUGCUUGAGGGAAUCGUAGGGGGGCUCAAGAGGGGGCACGAGGGGGCUGUGCCCACCACCGCUUGGCUCACAGACCCCCUGAACAACACUGACCUAGGGCCAUGCCCCACUCUGGACCCCCUCCUCGCCCCGCUCGCCAAGAGCCUCGCCGUGGCCUUCUCCCUCUUCCACGCUGGGCAGAGCCGGGCGUUGCUGGGCCCCAACGGCUGCUGGGAUGACAUCUUGGCCCCUCACACCUUCACCUUGGUCGGCCCUCCCUCGCCUGUGCCUGACGCUUUUAUCAAUGGCGCCAUGGACGGGGUAAUCCUGGGCACCUACUUGGCGAAGAAUGCUGGCUCACCACCCAACAUCAGCAGCCUGCUUCACGGGUACUACCACGCUGGAGAGGGCCUGGCAGGGGAGAAUCAGACCCGAAGCAACUUCCGGCGAAAAAACUUCUCUGACCUGGUGAGCAAGGAGAAGCUAAGGGAACAGCUGGAGAGCUCCCUCUGCCUGCUCCGGCACCGGCACCUGCAGGACGACGACGGCCACCCCCUCCUCAGAGGAGGCACCCUCCUCACGGACAAGGAAGCGGCUUCCCUCCUGGCCCAGGCAGCGGAAGAGUUCACAGCCAUCUACGUGGAGUGCCCUGCUGUCAUUCCGCGGUGUAUGUGGGGGGCUCAGCCCUACAAAGGAACACCGACCCAGCUCCAGCUGCCCUUGGGCUUUGUGUACAUCCACCACACCCACUCGCCGGGAAAGCCGUGCCGGACCUUCCCAGAGUGCGCUGCUGACAUGCGCGCCAUGCAGCGCUUCCAUCAGGUUGUCCGCGGCUGGGAUGACAUUGGCUACAGCUUCGUUGUUGGAGGUGACGGGUACAUCUACCAAGGCCGGGGCUGGCAGUGGGUAGGAGCUCACACCCUGGGACACAACAGCAAAGGCUACGGCGUCGGUUUCAUCGGGGACUACAUGAAGACCCUGCCAGAGCCCUUUGCCCUGGAGCUGGUGAAGGACAACUUCAUGCAAUGUGCAGUGAGGGGCUCCCGGCUGAAGGCCAACUACACUGUCUACGGGCAUCGCCAGGUGGUGCCUACCCUGUGCCCCGGAGACAGACUCUUCCAAGAGAUAAAAACAUGGAAAGGUUUCAAUGAGAGGUGCUUCAUGAAGCAUGGUGUCCGUCACUGCAUUUAAUUUACAGCGCGGAGU